AUGAGACUAAUAAGUAUUUUAUAUUGCAUAAUAUUUGCAUUAGGUAUAGUAGCUAAGACACAUACUUUCCAUUUUAAUGCCAGUUAUAUUAUUGCCAAUCCAGAUGGGGUUCAUGAACGUAGAGUUAUAGGAAUUAAUAAUGAAUGGCCACUACCUACCAUCAGAAUUAAGAAGAAUGAUCGGGUUGAAAUAUAUUUGACCAAUUCAUUAGAAGACAGAAAUACUUCGCUACAUUUUCAUGGGUUGUUCCAACAAGAGUCUAACUCAAUGGAUGGUCCUGAAAUGGUAACCCAAUGCCCAAUCGCACCCGGAUCUACAUUUUUGUAUAACUUCACUGUCAGUGAACAGGCAGGAACCUAUUGGUAUCAUUCACAUUCUGGGGCUCAAUACAGCGAUGGGCUUAGGGGUGUAUUCAUAGUUGAAGAUGAUGAAAGAUUGCCGUUUAUAUAUGAUGAGGAAGUCACAUUAACGGUUAGCGAUUGGUAUCAUUUGGAAUAUCCUGAUGUCAUGAGUAGUUUUUUGAGUAGAUAUAACCCAACGGGUGCAGAACCAAUACCACAGAACUCGCUUUUCAAUGAUACGAAGAAUGCUACUUGGCAUGUGAAGCCGGAUACGACAUAUUUAGUUCGGAUUGUGAAUAUGGGUAUGUUUACAUCCCAAUAUUUGUACAUUGAAGACCAUUCUUUCACUAUUGUUGAAAUUGAUGGUAACUUGGUAGAACCAGUAGAAACUGAUUCUUUGUAUAUAGCAGUUGCACAGAGAAUUUCCGUCUUGGUACACACAAAAAAAUCUAAGGCUAAAAAUUAUAGAUUUGUUAAUAUAAUUGAUGAAGAAAUGUUAGAUUUCUUACCAGAUGAAUUACUAAUUAUUUCCACAAAUUGGGUUGCAUACAAUGACAAGGAAUUACCUCAUCCUUUAAAGAAUGGUCUCAAUGAAUUCGCAAAGCUUACUGAAAAGCUUAAGCCGGUUGAUGAUUUUGAUUUAAGACCAUUAUCAAAAGAAGCCCUCUUUCCGGAUUAUGACUACCAGAUACACCUUGAUUUCACAAUGGAUAACUUAGGGGAUGGGGUUAAUUAUGCGCUUUUUAAUGAUAUAACCUAUGUUCCACCAAAAGUCCCUACUUUGUUAACGGUCUUAUCAAGUGGUAAGUAUGCUGGAGACACAGAAAUCUAUGGGUCAAAUACUAAUACCCACAUAUUACAGCAUAAUGAAAUCGUAGAAAUAGUCCUUAAUAAUAGAGAUGCAGGCAAACACCCCUUCCAUUUGCAUGGGCAUAAUUUUCAAGUAAUUUCAAGAUCUGAAGCAGGAGAGGACGAGGAGAAUCCAAUUUUAUAUGAUCCAAAGAAUCCAGAUCAUACUAACUUUCCAGAUUUCCCCAUGGUUCGUGAUACUGUCAUGGUAAACCCAAACGGUUUUAUUGUUAUAAGAUUCAAGGCAAAUAAUCCAGGUGUUUGGUUUUUCCAUUGUCAUGUAGACUGGCAUUUAGAACAAGGGCUUGCAAUUACCCUUGUUGAAGCUCCGUUUGAAAUACAAAAAUCCCAAAAUAUAUCUUCUAACCAUUGGGAUGCUUGUGCCUUGGCUAACAUAUCAAGCAAAGGUAAUGCAGCUGGUAAAUACGGGGAUUCUAAGGAUAUUUGGCAUGACUUGAGUGGAGAGAAUUUACAACCUGAACCAUUGCCAGCCGGCUUCACUCUGAAAGGUUAUAUUGCAUUCCUCAUUUGUUCGUUGUGUGCCGUAUUUGGAUUGUACUCUAUAUACAAGUAUGGUAUGGAAGAUAUCAAAAAUGAUAGCAAUGAGGCAGUGGUUCAUAAACUUUACCGAAUUUUAGAAACACACGGCGCUUUAGACGAAAGUGAACAAUCGGCAUUAUUUAGUGUAAAUAGUAGGGAAUAA